AGUCUUCUUAGAAGUGAAGCUCAGGCUGCUAUUGCACCAGAGCUGGAGAUGCCCAGCUUGCCAGCUGUUUCAUUGCUGCAGUGGCCUCUGCAAAGUAAAAAGUCUUCAUAGAGAUUUCCCUGUCAGCUCCUCAGCAUGACACUGCAGUGUCUCAUGCUCCUGGCUGGCCUCUUGAUAGGAGGCAUGAGCAAGUCUACAGAAAGCAAGGCCCAGCAACCUGAGUGUUGUAUGGAUGUGGUAGACUUCAAUACUACCUGCCCAGGCACAGGCCUGUGUGGCCCAGGUUGCUACAGGCACUGGAAUGCAGAUGGGAGUGCUAGCUGUGUCCGGUGCUGGAAUGGGACCCUCCCCACAUAUAAUGGCUCUGAGUGCAGAAUUCUCACUGGCCGGAGCAUGCAGUUUCCCAUGAACAGAAGCACAGGGACACCUGGACAGCCACAUUUUGGGGCUCCUCAUGUGGCAGCUUCCCUCUUCCUGGGGACACUCUUCAUCAGCACAGGCCUCAUCCUCUCUGUGGCUGGGUUCUUCUACCUCAAGCGCUCCAGUAAACUUCCUGAGGUUUUCUACAGGAAAGACAGAGCCCCUGUCCUACAGCCUGGUGAAACAGCUGCGAUGGUCCCCCUGCCACAGUCUUCAGUGAGGAAGCCAAGAUACAUUAGACGUGAGCAGCAUCCAGACAAGAAUAGGGAUCCUUCUGCCUUCUCCACAGUGGAGGCCCACAUCAGCAACGUCUGACCUGGAAGUCAGCUGAGACUUCACAGCACAGCAUUGGAGACCCAAGGCUCCCUCCCAACACACAAAGGGCCUUGGGCUUAAGAUAGGCCAGAAUUGGCUCCCAGUGACAGAUAUAUACAAAUGCUAAGGGGAGCUAACCUCCAUGCCAUGAGAUCUUCUGUCCCACCCUUAUUGUGUGGUUUAACAGGAGUAACCAUCUGUUUGUGAGACCUGAGACUCAAGAGCAAGUCAUAUGGAGUCUGGGCCCCUCAGGAGUCACAGCAAAGUUCCAGCAUCUGUAACAGCUACAACACAGGCCCGAUCCAAAUGGUCAAAACUUUUGGAGGCCACCCAGUGGAACCCAUGUUAGAUAGGACUCUUUCCAUCACCACCAAGCUAAGAAGAAUGAAACCAAGGCCCAGACAGUGGAGAAAACAACCUGGAAACUGGUACCAGAGAUAGGUUGCUCCAGCACUGGCCGGCUAAUUUAUCUGCUGACCUCCAAGGCAUAGAUUUCUGAGAGUUGCAGAAUUGAGUGUCCUGGGUUUCCUGAUUCCAGAGACCAGCAGAACCUAGUCUCCCAGGGACAGACUCCCAGCCAGCUACCUUUCCGGCUGAGUACUCAAAGUAAAAUGUUUAACCAUGAGGCUUCCAUAUCUGAACACUUGUAGGUCACUUGUGUCAUUGGGCUUGUGAGAGCAUGCUGGUCAGUGGUCCUGUCUUUGCUGUUGCAAGCCUCCAGAAGCAGUGCCUGUGAGCUGCUAGUGUGGCUGGUGGCAUUGGCUAGUAGCUCCUGUGGAAGAAGGUGCCCUGUUAACCAAUGCCACCCUUCCUCUAUGGGCCAAGGGUGUUAGCAUCUUCUUCAACAUCUGGCCCACAUCUGAUCUUACUAACAGUGUUAUAAGCUUACUUUCCAAUACUUGAACCAGUGGCCAAGAUAGCAGCAGUGAUUUAAAGUUGGACCAAUUAAACUAGACUAGAUUUUCUCUCCUCUAGCCUUAUUAUCCCAAGGGUCAUCUAUUCAUUGUGUGUGGGCCAACUGCCCCAUUGCCAUGUUCAGGGGACAGGGAGUCAGGGAUGCAAAGAGGAUACCCUCAGCAGGAUCCAAAACCUGCUAUCUGUUGUCUGGUGGGACUGAGUACAGCACAGUCCAUCCCCACAUGUGGCCUUGGCCUGUUCCACAUGUACUCUUCUCAUUUCGGGACACUGUAUUGAAUGACGUGACUACCCAUCUCCUUAGGACUUGAGAUAGAAGGUGCCAAUCAAGUAUGGCCUGAUUCUUCAGAUAAAACUACAGAUAUAACUGGGUGUGGUGACACAUGCCUUUAAUCUCAGCACUUGGGAGGCAGAGGCAGGUGGAUCUCUGUGAGUUCAAGGCCAGUCUGAUCCACAAAGCGAGUUCCAGGAUAGUCAGGAACAGAGAAACACUAUCUCAAAAAAACAAAACAAACAAACAAAACCAGAAAAAAGACUACAGAUACUUCACUAGGCUUUGUGGGGGCCACUGACAGUUUAUGGAUCUAAGUCACCCUUAGGGAAAGCAGGACCCUCUAUGUUGGCUACUUGAGUCCAGCUUGGUGGUCCCAUUUAAAGCCCAUGGGUAGAUGUGGAGAUGUUUCUCUGCUGACUAGUGAAGGAUCUAGAUAAUUAGAGCAUAGGGAUUCUAGAAGUCCUGCCUAUGGUGGUUUGAAUAAGGAUGCCUUCGCAUGGGCUUACAUAUUUGAGUGCUUAGUCAUCAGGGAGUGGCAUUACUUGAGAGGGAUUAGGAAGUGUGGCCUUGUUGGAGGAGGUAUGUCACUGGGGGUGGGCUUUGGGGUUUCAAAAGUUCUAGCCAGGCCCAGUGACUUUCUCUUCCUGCUGCUGCCUGUGGAUCUGGAUAUAGAACUCUGAGCUCCUUCUCUAGCACCAUGUCUGCCUGUGUGCCACAUGCUUCUAGCCAUGCUGGUAAUGGACUAAACCUUUGAAACAGUAAGCAUGUCCCAAUUAAAUGCUUUCCUUAAUGAGA